GCAGCAGUCGAGUUUCUGGAGAAUCAGACUGGGAGCCGUCAACAAGCAGCUCCUCAUCCACACACCAAGCGGUACAGUCACAGGCUGCAGAGAUGGACAUUCUCAAUCAGCUUGUAGCAUCUGGAACAUUUCGCAUCGUCAAGGAGCCGCUGGGGUUUGUGCGCCUCCUCGAAUGGAUUUUUGCAAUCUUUGCAUUUGCAACAUGUGGUGGCUACUCUGGAGCACUGAAAGUCAGUGUGGACUGUGUGAACAAGUCAGAAAGUAACCUGAACAUUGAGAUAGGAUUUUCGUAUCCUUUCAGGUUACACCAAGUGUAUUUUGAUGCACCCACAUGUGAAGGAAAAAAGCAGGAGAGGCUGUUUCUGAUAGGCGACUACUCAUCAUCUGCAGAGUUCUUCGUCACCAUUGCAGUCUUUGCAUUCCUGUACUCACUGGCAGCUACAGUAGUUUAUAUCUUCUUUCAAAACAAAUAUCGUGAAAACAACCGGGGCCCUCUGAUUGAUUUCAUUGUGACUGUGGUCUUCUCAUUCAUGUGGCUCGUGGGAUCAUCAGCCUGGGCGAAAGGACUCUCUGAUGUCAAAGUUGCUACAGAUCCUGAUGAAGUGCUUUUACUCAUGUCAGCAUGCAAACAGCAGGGCAAUAAAUGCUCACCUGUCAGAGACCCUGCUAUGUCAGGAUUAAACACAUCCGUUGUCUUUGGAUUUCUUAACUUUAUUCUGUGGGCUGGGAAUAUCUGGUUUGUGUUCAAGGAGACUGGAUGGCAUACUUCAGGUCAACGACACCCUCAAAGCACCAUGGAAAAACAGCCGGCUCAAACUGGCUUCAACCAACCCUAUAAUCAGCGGGCAGGUGAUCAAGAAAGCUAUGGUCAAACAGCUGGAUACAACCAACAAGGAUAUGGACAGCAACCAGGUUAUGGGCAACAAGCUUCAUAUGGUCAGAUUGGAGGCUACAGUCAGGGUGGUUACGGCCAGAAUGCUCCAACUUCUUUUACUAAUCAAAUGUAACGUGUUCUAGAUCUGAUAUCUGUGCAUCCUUUGUCUGAAAUCUCCAUAGCACCAAGCUUUCAGUUAGAGUAAAUUCAUAAGGGUAUUGAGUAUUUCUGUGAUAUUGAUAAUGAGAAAUAUCAGUAGAAAGUUGCAGUGAUUUUAAUCACUUGUUAAUAAUAAUUUUCAGGUGUUCAAAUAUUAGCAUGGUGAUGUAAGUAUUGCUGGUUACUGUAAGCAAAUAUCACUUUAUAAAAUACCUCCAUGGCUAGUGUCUUUUUUAUGUUGUAUUGAAAUAGUAAAACCUGUAAAACUGUUAAAAUGCACAAAACAUAUUUUGCUUGUGUAAUGUUUGUUCUGGCUAUAUGUGGUAGAUUCUGUCUGAUUGAGCAAAUAGUAUUAGAAUUGAAUUAAUCUUUUUGGCUUUCUGGGGAGGAAUUAAUAAGUGGCCCUUGUGUGACUACUAAAUAUUGCAUUGUGUGUACUUAAAAAUGGCUUGUGCAUGAUGUUGUUACAGCUUAUACACUGUGUCCGACUCUGGUGUGAUGUUACUCAGUGCACUAAGAUCUCACCCUUAUAGUUAGUAAAGCAAAAAUGUUUUUAUGCUGUAGUUACAGGUAUUACAGUCAAAUGGAAUUUAUAUUUCUAUGUUUGUUAAGAAGAAGCAUUUUGUUCAAAAAACCCUUGUUUGUUAAAUGUAAAAGUUAUUUUGUUUACAUUAUAUAUAUUAUUUGUUAGUACAGAUGCAAAUGUGAUUUAUUUUCAGCAUGCUAGUGUGUUUUGUAAUAUAUCUUUGAAUUCCCUACAGCAGUGAAAAACUGCAUUAGAUCACCCUAAAAUAUUGAAAAGAUCUUUACUUUGGAAAAUGUUUAACUUUUUAUGAACAUAUGUACAACCAGCUUCUGCAACUUGCCACAGCUAUAUCUCUUUGGUACAGUAGUUUAUGUACCUGCCUGCAGUGUGGUCUUACUGUGUUGUCACACAAAUGAAAUAGUCAUUGUAGAAAAAUUGAAUCUGUAUCUGUCUAUAACAGUCAAUAUAUUAUGCUCAAUAUCUUGACGUAAGAUGUAGUUAUCAAAGCACAAAGCAACUAUGAUUCCUUUCUGUCUUUUUGAAGUACUGUGGUAUUGUGGUGAUGAUUGAGAAGUGUGUGAAUGUAUUCAAAAUAAUCAUUAGCAUCUGUGAUCAAAAUCAUUGGCCAACCAAUGUAAUCCAACUCAUAAAUGUAAAAUUACCUGCAAGUUUUAAAAAUCCACACACAACAGUCGCAAUGUCAGCUUAGCAACAUUCAAACUGUCUUCUUAGAAUAUACAAUGAGCCAUAUCUAGCUGUCAAAAUAAUGGUAAUGCUAUUGGCACUUAGUGUUAUUGACGCACAAGUGGUACAGCAAAUUCAAGCACAGAGCAAAUGUAUAAUUAAUAUCCAAAAUACAGAAGUUGUUUUAAGAUGCACUGCUCUGCCAUUAUCCUCACAAAAACAGCAUUGCAAUGUCUGGCUCACUAUUGAAGUAAAUAAUGUGACCUUCUUGUAUUUGUGUAUUGCUACAACUUAAACAGAAGGAGGUUUUACAGCACAGUGGGCUAGAAACUCUGGGCUUGAGACCUAUGCUUCUAGACCUUAAUUCCCACACUCCCUGGUCUGUCGGGUUUGUUCUGAUAUCAAUAACAAGGUAAUUCAAACAAUGGAAUAUAUCCAAUGUUCUUUAUUAAAGCAAAGUAUACUACAAAAAAAAUGCAAAAAUUUUACCCGUACAAUGUUUCCAGUCACAAGUGAACUGUUUUACAAAGGCCUAUUUGAACAUUUGACCAGGACAGUCAUCAGCCUACUCCAUCUGAACUUUGAGCUGUUCAAUCAGAUGAACUCCUCAGCUGGCCAAUUGUGCUGCGAGGCAAACUAUUUUAAUAUUUCCAUACAAAAAAGUGUUCAAACUCUUUAUGCUAUCCAGUCUUGAGCACAAAACAUCAUCUACUAUGGCCAGUUAAAUUAGUUAAUUCAUUAAGAUUUGCUUAUGUCUUUUUGGAAAAGAACUUAUCUCUUGCUUUUAAUGAACUCUGAUCUCAACUUUAGCUUAAUUUUGCUUUUCACUGCUUUUAUGUCAUCAAAUCAACCAAAUGCUAUUUACAUAGCAUAAUUCUAUAUGACAAUCACAAAUUCAUUUGAUAAAUAGUCCACAUUAUCAUAUCUUAUUCACAGUGUCUGGUUUGAACAAAACAUCAGUUUUCCAGAGUUACUGUGACAGUUCAGUCCAUUACUGCUGAGUUACAGUCCUCCAAACUAAACACACACAUUCCUUCAGCAACACAAAACAGACACUUUAAAACCAGUGACCUUUCUAAUCAUUAGGUUAUCACCAGGCUUUACAUGUGUUCCAAUUCAUUCAACUUUAUUUAAAUUCAUCCUGGUAACCCAGCAAAGUUUGAGUUAAUAUUUGCAUAUUCCUUUCUUUAAAAUCUUGUAGAACUUUUCUAGGGGUCUCAAUGGUUUAACAAAAUAUAUGCAUCCUCAUUUCCUUUUGAUGAUCAUUACUUCAGGACAUCAGAAAUUUCAUCCUGCUAGUUUCCCCACCUUAAAGCACACCACAAACUCCACAAAAGAACUACUCACACUAGUACUAGGACUAUAGAUUACCAUGAGCACAUGGAACACAAUGCAAAUUCAGGAGUGGGUCUCUACAUUCAACCUCCAAUCCCAAAGUUUGUCCCACCAAUUGGUCUCCUUAAUCUCUUUUACCUCCCUCUGUGCUUACUCACUUCAUUGCUGCAGGAUAUAAUACACUUUCCAUGCCCGUCUCAGUACUUGCCUUUCCUUGGUUAGGUAAUGGAUGUAUAUGAUAUGAAAAUUGAUUCACAUACCAGUUGAGAUUCUCCUUAAGUUGUCAUGGCUGCAAAGCAUCUUCUCUUUUGAAUUAUGGAUAUCCAGUAAUUUCAACUGACCCACACAAGAAGAGUGAAAUGGACUGAAAGUUUUGGAUGGGCAUUGUCUCCAUACAGAAAUAAUACCUUUGUGGUUAUUACACAAUUCUCUCCUCAUAUAUGCUACUUGUAUAUAUGUGUAUUCAUUGAGGUUGCCUGCAUAGUACAAUUAACAGAACAUUAAAACGACACAAAGCUUCCUCCCUAUCAUAUAUGGGUUGGGUACAUGUAUUAGUCAUUUACCCAUUCUACCCUCCAUCAUGGUGGACCCUGAAAGCAUCUUCCCUUACUGUGCAAUAGAGGAGUGAAUAUUGUUUACAUUGUAUGAUGUCCCUCUUGUCAGAAUCCAUAUACUUUGUAUACCUGUUUUGAUUUCUCUUUCCCUGUAAUUAUGGGAAUGUCUAACACCAUUCCUGCCUAUAGUCCACAUUUAAGUGUACAAUCAUCUUCGACAGUAAGUAUACACACAAUAAACACAGGUUGGCAAUUAGUCAAAUUAAUUGAUCCAGAAGUUAAAUUCUUGAGCGGCUCAUUCCUCCCCCUGAUGUAUCUGCCAUAAAUUUUCCUGAAUAGGAAUCAAAGGGAAUCUGCCAUCUUUUCAACUGGAUCUUUUGGCCUGACCUCAAGAUCCCCUUUAACCGGUCCUGACCCUUUAGCCCAGAUCAGCCAAGUCUAUAGAGUUAACCACUUCUACUCCCAUAUUAAAGAAGUAAUUAGGUAACAUUUUAUCAGGUUAUUUCUUUCUCUUGAUUUGACCCCAAUGUAGACAGAGUCAAGAGUGUGGUGCUGGAAAAGCACUGCAGAUCAGGCAGCAUCCGAGGAGCAGGGACACCUGUUCUCAGGGCCAGAUCCCUUUUGGAGCCACGUGGUCAUGACCCUUGUGCCUGAGUCUCUUGACCUAACGACUCAUUCCAGAAGUUCCAAGAAGAGCAAUGAAUUUAGAGCACAAUUAGGUCAUUGGGUCUCCGAGACGUUUAAAACAAUUAUCCAGUCUUGAGCGAAUGAUCAUUUUGACCACUGGCAAAUAUCACAAAAGUGUCAUCUACCAUAGCCAGUUUGAUCAGUUAAUUCAUUAAGGUUUGCUUGUCUCUCCUUGGGAAGAAACUUACCUCUUGCUUUUCAAGAACAGCUGACCUCAAAAGCUUGAUUUUGCUUUUCACUACUUUUAUGUCACCGAAUCAACCAUAUGCUAUUUACACAGCACAAUUCUAUGACAAUCACAAAUUCAUUUGAUAAAUAGUCCACAUUAUUGUAUCUCUUCUUGGUGCCAGGUUUAAACAAAACGUCAGUUUUCCAGAGUUACUGUGACAGUUCAGUGCAUGACUGCUGAGUUACAGUACCCCAAUGUAAGUACAUAAUUCCUUCAGCAAAUCACAGAAACACUUUACAACCAGUGACCAUCUAAACAUUAGGUCAUCACAAGGCUUUACAUGUGUUCUCCUUAUUUCAUUCAACUUCAUUAAAUUUCAUUUUGGUAUUGCAUCAAAUUUUGGGUUAAUAUCUACAGAAACCUAUGGCCAAGGAAAAUGUUUUCAAAUGUGUCCAAAUGUGUUGGGUAUUAACCAACACAUCCUUCCAAUACACAGUAAUGGCAAGCAAUAAGAUUGGAAGAGAUUUAUGGUCAGCCUCUACCAUCAUUGUCCAUAGCUGCAGACCACAACAGAUAUGUAAAAAUGCAUGUUGCCAUUGCAACUUGGACUCCCUGAGUGAACUGUAAUUGAACAGCACCAGCACAAACCAAACCCACCACAGCAAGUUGUCUUGAUCUUUCAGCCCAAGUUCCCUUUAAAUUGUGUAAUAAGUUUUAAUUGUUGCCAGUCAUUCUCUCUCUUCACUGAAACUUAUUACAAAUGUGGAGUUUUGUUCCUUCAGGCUGUAAUUGCUGGGGAUGUUAAAAUAUUGACUUUUUCUUUGACUGAUUUUGUUUUAUUCUUAAUACAAUUUUCUUUUCCCCCUCUUCAUUUUUUGUAUCUGAUUUAACAUUGAAUGCAUUCAGUCUAAAUUAUAUUUCCUUCUCACUCCUUAAUUGUUAAUUUAUUUAUCCAAUCUGAUGAGAAAGGAGAAACCCAGUUACUUGCAUUGUUCAGUAAAGUCCUUUCCCUCCUGCGCCAUAAUCAAGUUAUAUUUGCAGCAAUUUGUCACCCAAAACCAUUGAAAUCUAACAUAUAAGGGGAGGUCUAACCAGUGGUAGAUGCCUUAUGCCCUGCUACAAAUUAUGGCCAAUGAUUUUUGUUUGUUCUUUAUUAGACCAUACUACUUUAAUA